GGCGGCGGGCGCGCCGGGUGCGGGCCGGCUCCGGCGCGGAGGAUGAAGUGGAGCGUCCGCGGGGCCUGCGCCGCGCUUUCCUCCUGCCUGCUGCUCGCCUGCGCGCUCAGCGCCGCCGCCGUCGGCCUCAAGUGCUUCUCACUGGGCUCGGAGCUGCGCGGGGAGCCGUUCCGGCUUGGGGCGGCCGCCGGAGCCUUUUACUCGGGGUUGCUGUUGGCUGCCGGCCUCUCUCUGCUCGGCGCCGCCCUGCUGUGCUGCGGGCCCCGGGAGGCGCCCCUCGCCCGGUCAGGGGCCGGGCCGGGCCCGGGACUCGGGGUCCCCGCAUCUCCGGCGGGCGCUCCGGAGCCCUCUCCUGGAGAAACGCGGGCGGCUGCCGGGCCCUCGGGACCGGUGAACAGCCAAAACCUGCUGCUCCUAGGCGUCCUGGUCUUCAUGCUCGGGGUUCUCAGCGCCUUUGCGGGAGCAGUGAUCGACGGCGACACAGUGUCCCUGGUGGAACGCAAGUACUCCCACUAUUGCCUGCCCCCGCGCACGCCGGCCGCUGGCCCUGGCCCGGCCACUGGCUCUGUAGCCCCAGGCACUAGCACGCAGCGCUCCCGCAGCAACCUGGACAGCACCACGACCGCCAAAUGCCGCCAGUUGAAGGACUACCAGCGCGGCCUGGUGCUCUCCACUGUAUUCAACUCGCUCGAGUGCCUGCUGGGCCUGCUCAGCCUCCUGCUGGUCAAGAACUACAAGUCGUCGCAGGCUCGGCGCGGCCGCCGGGGCCGCCGGAGGGCAAGCCGAUCUUUGGCGCGACCGCGGGGCGGACCCGGGCUCCGCGCUCAGCCGCUGGCCUCCCGGACCAGGCGCGGCCGCCGGGGCAAAAGGGGGCGGCGGCUGCAGCCACGGCCCAGCGAGGCCUCCAUCCUAUCCCCGGAGGAGUCCGACUUCACCACCCCAGGAGAUUGCGCGAGCUUCGCUGCGCACCACGCUGUGUCCUACAUCAACGUGGGCGUCUUCCACGCGUUUGACGAGGCGGGCGUGGAGGUGUGCUGUGGCGGGCACCCGUCCGUGGAACUGCCAGGGUAUGCGCCCUCGGACCCCGACCUCAACGCCUCCUACCCCUAUUGCUGCCGGCCGCCUUGUGAGAUGGCGCGCCCUUGGGAGCCUAGCCGAGCCUGCUGAGUUCAGGCCCGAUCCCCAACGAGACACCCAAAGGGUAGCAGUCAGGCUUUGCUUGGUGUUGUGCCUGCGUGAGGCUUGGCACUUAUUCUGGCCGGGCCUUGUGAUAUCUGCGAGACUCUAGGACACUAUAUGGUAUUCUCCUUUCUGUGUGAGGAGGUGUCUCCCUUCUGUGUCAUUCAUAUCCGGACUCCAUUUAAAGUUUACAAUAAAUGUUUGGGGUGGGCUCGCCGAUCACACUUCUCUUAGGCAAGUCCAUACCCCAGGACUGUGCUUGGAGGUCCUGGGUCGAAUGGGUAAGAGCAGAACGCCUAGCAAAGGUGAUUUCCUGUAGAGGACCUCUCUGGCUGAGAGUGCAAAGCAGUUGGAACUGUAGAACAGAAGAACAACCAACAGCAACACUUUGUACCCGGAUGUGCCUGCUUCUGUCGACACUUUCUUACUGUAAAGCUCUCCAUAAACAGUGAAAAUGUUUGGUAAAUUUAUUGCAAUUUGA